GGUUAUCAGACCCUGCUUUGGAUCCCUGGUCCAGAGGCAGGUCUGACUGUGGUCUUACCUGGGUCUCCACCAGUGUAUUUGGGGAAACCUGGAUUCUUAUUAUAGUCCCUGAAUUCCUGCCACGCCUCCUACUGGUGUAAAAACAAAUAAGGACCCAUGAUGUUUUACCAUUCUACCACAGCAGGAGGCGUGCAUGUGACUGGGUCUGUAAUCUGGUAUAUUUGGGGAUAGUAUUUGAGAAAGGCAUGGACUCUAGACCCUGGUAAUAGCAGUGUUUGUGUUAGAAGUAUCCUGGUCCCAGAUCUGUUUGUGCUCUUGUCAACUACAUUGCUGUCAUUGCCAAGUCAAACAUGUUCCAUGAGGAGUUGUCAAGACAGCAGAAACAGACUGGCACCCAGGCUAUGUAUAACAGGCUUAAGUAACCAACCCAAUCCUGACUACUCUCCAGACCUGACCCUCCCGGCUACCAAUCAGAACUGGCCGGAGGAGUUUGGGUUCACUCUGGGGGGCGCGGGCCCCAGCUACAUCCUGUCUGUGAUUGAGGGCAGCAGUGCCUACCUGGCGGGCCUGCAGCCUGGGGACCAGGUGGUGGACAUCGAGGGCCAGGAGGUGUCCUCUCUCAGCACCCAGGCCCUGGUGGCCCUGGCACAGACUCUGAAGACUGUACCCCCCAGCAUCGGAGUGGUGUCACGCAUAGAACAGGUCUGGAACAGUUGGGAAAUCAUUUAG